AUGAAAGAAGCUGGAAAGGACACAAAAACGAAAGGUGUUGUUCUGUUGGUGAAUAUAGAUCAAGCGAUUAAGAAGAAAACAAAAGAUGACACGUCAGCAAGAAGAAAAUCCAUCAAAAGCUCCCAAGGUUGCACAAGCAAUCACGACCGAAAUUAUAGAGAAGAAAAAGGAAGAAGGGAGAUGAAGAGAAACAAAAUAGGCCGUUUGGCUGUCAACUUUCCCAUCGAUAACAUUUUUUGUGGAAACAACCACGACCAAAAUAGAACAUUGAACCGGAAACUGGAAAGAGGACGGCAUAAGAAAAAGAAUUUAUCAAGUAAUCCGUCAAGUGUUAGAAGGGCUGAGAGCACUACAUGUUAG